UUUUGGGUGUAAAUGCUUUAAAUCUGUGGAACUUAAAAUUCCUUCUGUUUCUGUUUUGGUGUUGCUGAAUUGAAUCUUGCUGUUAUACAUUUAGGAGAGUUUGUAAGGUGUUACCAGCAGCUUCUUCAUAAACGAGCUGUUUGAAAUCAGGCGGCAGUAAAUACGUCCGACUAUAGCGCUGAUGUUUCAGUCAUUACAGCCAGAAUUCAUGACUCAAACUCUUUCCUCGCUUCAAAAACAGGGCGAGUACGACAGAGCGUCUCGUGACGGCAGUCCACAGAUGCCGGGGGCCGAGACGUAUCCGCGCGGGCCCCUCAAACUACCUCAGAGCCACGGCAAGCCCGGUUACCAUCCCGGUUUCCAGUAUCCGCCGCCCUUUCUCUACAAGCCUUCGCCCUAUCACCACCCAGCCUCGCAACCCAGCCCUCCCUACACCCCGCAGGGCGCUCACUCCCAGCCGUCGUCUCCUUAUAUCCCGCCCGGGGCGUAUCCCCCGCCCAGCUGGGGCUCGGCUUCGGAGCAGCCGCCCUCUAGGGUGUCGCACGAGCAGUUCCGGGCGGCGCUGCAGCUAGUGGUGAACCCGGGCGACCCGCGAGAGUACCUGGACAACUUCCUGAAGAUCGGAGAGGGCUCCACGGGCAUCGUGUGCAUAGCCACGGAAAAGCACAGCGGCAAACAGGUGGCGGUUAAAAAGAUGGACCUCAGGAAACAGCAGCGACGAGAACUUCUCUUCAAUGAGGUGGUUAUAAUGCGGGAUUACCAUCACGAGAACGUUGUUGACAUGUAUAAUAGUUAUCUGGUUGGUGAUGAACUCUGGGUAGUGAUGGAGUUUUUAGAGGGCGGAGCCUUGACUGAUAUCGUCACUCACACCAGGAUGAAUGAGGAGCAGAUCGCUACGGUGUGUCUGUCUGUGUUAAGAGCUCUGUCGUAUCUACACAAACAGGGUGUCAUUCACAGAGACAUCAAGAGCGAUUCAAUCCUCCUGACCAGCGACGGACGCAUUAAACUCUCAGAUUUUGGUUUCUGUGCUCAAGUGUCUAAAGAUGUUCCCAAGAGAAAGUCUCUGGUCGGGACGCCGUACUGGAUGGCACCUGAGGUCAUCUCCAGAUUACCCUACGGCACCGAGGUGGACAUCUGGUCUCUGGGCAUCAUGGUGAUCGAGAUGGUUGAUGGAGAACCUCCGUACUUUAAUGAGCCUCCACUACAGGCCAUGAGACGAAUUCGAGACAACCUGCCCCCUCGACUAAAAGAGUCACAUAAGGUGUCAUCUGUUCUUCAAGCCUUUCUGGACCUGAUGUUGGUGAGAGAGCCGUCACAGCGAGCCUCGGCCCAAGAGCUCUUACAGCAUCCAUUCCUGAAGCUGUCGGGACCGCCGUCCUGUAUCGUACCCCUGAUGAGACAUUACAGACUCCACUAAACACACGUCACGCUAUUGUACCCACUUUAGAUCAUCACUUCAUGAACACGAGCAGAAGACGUUUCGUCUUUGACUUUACUUGAUCAUUAAUGUGUGAACCGUAGUAAAUCUGGUCGUUCACAUUAUUAAACAGCAUCUUCUCGCACUAAGAACAAAAGAUGUAUUUUAGAGAGCAAUUGUAAGUUUUACUUGUACAGUUUUGAUAAACCACAGUAUUUUUGUUUUGAUGUUACCACGAUUUAAGGGGCAGUGUUAACGCAGAGUUUGAAAGUUUAUGCAAAAUAAAAAGAAAAUUUCGUACCUGUUUCUAUUUAAUUUCUUUUUUUAGGUACAGUCAUUUAAACACCCUGUUGCAGAAAGAUAUGUGAUAUAUAUAUAUAUUUAUUCUACAUUUGUAAAUAUUCCUGUAAGAGUGCGAAGGUCACGCCAGACCUGUACGAGCUGGGUGCUUUUGUUUUUUAUUUCUAAACAGAAAGUUUAGUUUUCUGUGUCGUGGCUCUUUUCUCAUUAGUGCUCAUUUUUGAAAAGUUACGGAGAGCGCUGCUGGCUGUGUCAUAGCAGAUAGCAAUAGUGAAACAACAUCUUUCACACAAAGUUCAUCAAAGACGAGCAAUACUUACAUCGGUAAUAAUCCGUCCCAGUGUUUUCUCAUGGAUUUGACUGUAAGUGUCUCACCGUCUCUUGUGUCUCAGUGCUCACUGUGAUCUAUAAAUAUAAAGGUAUAUUUCUGCCAUAACCUGUAGGAUGUACAGAUCUCAUGUGGCGUUUGUAUAGCACUAUUGCAUGUCUUGUCACUAAAAGCUGGUUUCAAUAAAAAACAACACACAAACGUGUUACAUGUCAUGCUUCGCUUUAUUUAUGGAGUGGCUUUUCUGUUGUUUUACACAAAUGAUGUUGAGCAAUUUCAGAUAUAGGGUAUGAGCGCGGGCCAUAAAUCAGAUCUCAGAUCAGCUUCUAAACAGAAAUGCUUUGCUUAUAAUGAAACUGCUGCUAGUGUGAGAUCAAUACUCAAUAUCUCUGCUCUAUUGAUCUCAAGCUCAUCUUGUUUUAAUGCAGUGUGGAGAUCUUCUUGUCCAUAUUGAUCUUUCAUUCAUCUAGUUGUCAUGUUAGAUUCUCCUCACCACAGGCGAGUUGAGUUUAAACAUAAAGAUCAGAAGAUCUUCAUCAUCAUCAUCUGUAACAAUCUACAGCAACAUCUGUAGAGCUCUUUAGUAAGACAAAAACACAAAGAUUCAGAUAUAUUUAUGAUUAAACCAUAAAGAUCAACAGAAAACAACAUUUUAUACACUCUCACUUGUUCAUCACAGAUGAAACUCUUGUUGUUUUCAAUAAAUUGUUCGCCAUUAUUGUGUUAUCAUCUCAUAUAGUAAUCUUUAUAUACUUUAUUUAUAAUAUCAACAUCUCUUUUUAAUGCAUUCAUGUAAUAAACAACAGAAUUACACUACAAGAGUCAGGGACAGGAAAUCUUUUAAAAAUCUAUUAACACUACGAGACAUUUUACAACAAUGUUUGAAAAGUAAAAUGGGUUGAGAAGCAACACACAGACAUCAUCAGGGCUUUUCACACUCGAGAUAGUUAUUAUUAACCCCGGGUAAACACAAUCCUGGGUUAUCCGUUUCACACUGUACAUACCAGCGGUUAACCCUGGCUAUUAAUAAUCGGACAUUCCAAACUAAACAUUCCUAAACCCUGGGUUAACAACGUUCUUAUUUGCAUAUUCUUGGUGUCAAAACUCAAUGAUUGGAUAAAUAAAGCUGUGUUAGACAUUAAAACAGCACGCUACCGCUUUAAACCAGCGUUCGUCUCACACUAGUCUUUGCUCUUACGACUCUUUACUACAGUUCAGGGCCUGUAUUCAUGAAAAAUCUUAGAUUUACAUUAGAAGCAACUCUUUCAACUAACACAAUUCUUAUAAAUGUGGGCAUUUAAAUGAAAGAAAAGAUCCUAGUAAAGAAAGAAGUAAUUCAGAAACCCUUAAAAGAGGACUUAAUGUCCAGAACCAGAUUGUUAUGAGUAUGGACAAAGACUUUUAAGAGGCUUAAGAGUUUCUUUAGCAGCAUGGAAAGUGGACAAAAUGCAUGAAAAGUAAAGCACACGAUGCAUGACAGUGAGUUAAUAAGACACAACACAUUAGAUCGUACA